AUGGCGACCUUUGUGGAGCUCAGCACCGAAGUCAAGAUGCCCAUUGUGGGUCUGGGCACCUGGCAGUCUAGCCCAAGCAAAGUCAAAGAAGCUGUGAAGGUGGCCAUUGAUGCAGGAUACCGCCACAUUGACUGUGCCUACGUCUAUAACAAUGAGAAUGAAGUGGGAGAAGCAAUCCAAGAGAAGAUCCAAGAGAAAGUGGUGAAGCGGGAGGACCUCUUCAUUGUUAGCAAGUUGUGGCCUACCUUCUUUGAGAGAAACCUACUGAAGGAAGCUUGUCAGAAGACCCUCAAGGAUCUGAAGCUGCACUAUCUGGAUAUCUAUCUCAUUCACUGGCCACAGGGACUUAAGCCUGGGAAGGACUUAUUCCCCAAAGACGAUGCAGGCAAUUUGCUCACCAGUAAAUUAACAUACUUGGAUGCCUGGGAGGUCAUGGAGGAGCUGGUGGAUGAGGGAUUGGUGAAAGCUCUUGGUGUUUCCAACUUUAACCACUUCCAGAUUGAGAGGCUCUUGAACAAGCCUGGACUCAAAUAUAAACCAGUGACCAAUCAGGUUGAAUGUCACCCAUACCUCACCCAGGACAAACUGAUCCAGUACUGCCACUCUAAGGGCAUCACUGUCACAGCCUACUGCCCUCUAGGCUCCCCAGAGAGACCUUGGGCCAAACCAAAGGACCCUUCACUACUGGAGGAUCCCAGGAUUAAGGAGAUUGCUGCAAAGCACAAUAAAACCUCAGCCCAGAUUCUGAUCCGGUUUCAUGUCCAGAGAACUGUGGUAGUGAUCCCCAAGUCUGUAACCCCGGCACACAUAGUUGAGAACUUUCAGGUCUUUGACUUCACCUUGAGUGAUGAGGAGAUGGCUGCCAUCCUCAGCUUCAACAGAAACUGGAGGGCCUGUGUCGUGGCUGACACAAUUCAUUUGGAGGAUUAUCCUUUCCACGCUGAAUACUGA